GAUCGCUUCCGUCCAAUCGCCUUUGGGAAUCGCGCGCGUACGCUGUAGGUAAUGUAAAGUCCCCCCCCCCACCCCCGUGGUAUUUUGAGGGGGGAGGUUUGAGGCCUUCACCUGCGGCUGAGCGCGCAGCUGGAGUGUGACGCACCAUGACCAGACAUGGCAGAAACUGCACCGCCGGUGCUGUGUACACCUACUACGAAAAGAAAAAGGACACAGCGGUCUCCGGGUAUGGCACCCAGCGGGCCCGCCUCAGCAAGGAUUCCAUAAAGGACUUUGAUUGCUGCUGCCUGAGCCUGCAGCCAUGUAAAGAGCCCGUCGUGACGCCAGAUGGAUUUCUGUACGAGAAAGAGGCAAUCCUGGAGUAUAUUCUUCACCAGAAGUGCGAGACAGUCAGGAAAACAAAGCUGUACGAGAAACAGAAGAAAAAGAAGAGCACAGAGUUACAGGAGUUGGCUAAGGCUGAGAAAGAGUCCAAGGUGAAGGCGUUCCUCGCCAAAGAAGGCUCCAUUAUCUCCAAGCCCCUCAACCCCUUCGCACCCAAAUCUGCUGCUGCGAGCGCGGAGGAGCCCGCUGCAGGGAGCAGCAGCAGCAGCAGCGCCAAGGCCAAUCUGCAUGACAAGCAGCUGCCCAGCUUCUGGAUCCCGUCGCUCACGCCCGAGGCCAAGGCUACGGAGCUGAAGAAACCUGACAAGAACGUGUAUUGCCCGAUGAGUGGGCGUCCCCUGCGGCUGAAGGAUCUGUACGCGGUGAAGUUCACGGCGGUAAAUGAUCGCGACACCAAGACGGCGCUCAUCAGCAAGCAGGAGCGCUUCGUGUGCGCUGUCACCAACGACGUGCUCAGCAACUCGGUGCCGUGCGCCGUGCUGCGUCCAUCGGGUGCCGUGGUGACUAUGGAGUGUGUGGAGAGGCUCAUCCGCAAGGACAUGAUAGACCCCACCACUGGAGAAGCCCUCUCCGAGAAGGAUAUCAUUCAACUCCAACGGGGUGGCACCGGCUUCUCAGGCUCCGGAGUGGCACUGGAAGCACAGGAGGCCAGGCCGGUCAUGAUGGCUUGAGCGUAUGGGGCACAGGAGCUCUUCUGUUUGGACCGCUCACCUUGAUUAACAACUGCAUUGAACCGCGCAUUGAUGUUCACACAUUUUGUUUUAUGCAAGUAACAUGAUUCGGGUAUAUUCCAGCUGGUGUUGAUGCCUGCUUAGGUUCAUGUCGACUUUAUGUAUCUAAGUACUCUCUCCUAUUUAUAAAUAAAUUAAAAUAAUGAUUACAAAUUUGGGGGGGACGGAGCGUUGAUGCAGUGAUUAGCACACUGCACCCAGCUACCUUAAAUUUAUGCUUGGCCACAGCUAAGGUCCUUGGCAAGGGAUAUCUGGACCAGUCCUUGGCUCUCCUUCAGCAAGGUGCAUUGACCAGUAAGGUGAAGUAUGGACUAACAACCUUAAUGACUGACGGGGCAUGGUGACGCCAUUUCUCUGGCGGAAUAAUUGAUGAAGGGUUUAAACAUUUGACAUUAACUAUAAAUACAUAUCUUGUCUAUUUCGGUUACAUUUUUUUCAGUAAUUAUAAUUCGUUUAUUAUUAUUAUUGGAUAUUAAAGUUUAAAUUGAAAAAUAUCUGAACUGUUUGUUCAAUGGGAGAGUAAGAUACAAUGAAUCUACCCACACAAGUAGGAUAUUGGACCACAAAUUCAACCGAGGUUUAAUGCACAAAAUAGAUUAGAGUUUCUGGGUAAAUUGAAUUCCACUUAAUUGGCAUUUGUAGUUCCAGUCUCGUAAAUUUUAAGUUUAUGUACCCACAGAAUGAGAGCAGAAUGUGUUUGCAUAUUUUCCUGUUGUGUUUAUGCUGAAUUAACAACUCUGGGUGUUAGAAAGGUUGUGAAGGAUUUCAUCCUUUAAUUACAUUUUUUAAAAAUGCGUGUAAUCUUGUCUGUAUAAACAUGAAUGCACAGUGGUGUACAAUAAAUGUGAAAAAUAAUGUG